AUGGUGUCCUUCGAGCUGCGUCGACUAGUGGGCCUCCUCGUUGUAGCUUACCCGCUGCUCACAUCGGCCGCUCCCCCUCCUCCCCCUCCCCCUCCGUCUCCUCCAUCUCCCCCAUCUCCCCCAGCUCCUCCUCAUCCCCCUGCUGCUGCUGACCCAUGUGCUAAAAUUGCUGGUCUGACUUUUGUUCCUCCUGCUGAUGCAUUGGCAUGCUACAAGGCUUUCCCCUUCAACGAAACCCUACGCGACAAUGUCAUGACUAACAUGGAACGGGUGUUUGACUUUUUCACCUUUGAAGAUUUCUACCUCAACUCUCCUCCACCCUUCCAGGAGUCGACCAACAAUAUUCGCGCGACGCUAGCCAAGAUUGGUUCUACCAAGUUUGCGACCGACUAUGACUUCAACAAGGCACUCUAUGAUUUCACUACCCAGUUGAAUGAUGGACACACGCGCUAUUUCCCGGCAUGCUACAAUGCGUUCCAAAAUAUCCUCCCCGCACCCGUCGUUAGUCUGGAAGAGGAUGGCGUGCAGAAUCUUUUUGUUGCCCCAGACUCGGUCGAGUUCAUAUCUCUCCUCGGCACAAACUACACUGGCUUCUUUGACAAGAUCAACUUUGACUGGAAGCGUCUUGCAGGGGCGAAGAUUGUCGAGAUUGAGGGCCAGAACCCCUAUGACUAUGUUGAUCUCAUCGCUCGUACUGUUUCUGGAAAUUAUCUCGACCAUGGUGUGCGUGUAAACUCGGUAUUCACCAGCUACCGUAUUUCUGGUGGUGUCUUCGGGCAACGAAUUGGAGAUCUUGCUGGGCCUCUUGAUGUCACCCGUACUUCACUGAACAUGAAACUUAUUACGGUCAAUUCGACGAAAGUAGAGUCGGUGGAAAUCCCUUACCUCGCUGACUUUAUCGGUGUCGACUUUACCGACAAAGAAUCAUUCUGGGCAAACAACUGCGCUGCUGACGAUUCUACUAAUGGUGUCGAUGUCCGUGGGCAAGUUUCUAAUGGGCCUAUCAAAAAGUCCCUUCGCAAGCAGCCAAAAGCAGAUAUCAUUGACGGGCGCCAAAGUCGUGCUAUCAACCUGCCUGACCCAUUUUUGCCUACCGCGCCUCCUCUCGACGGAUCCGAUGAUGCCAUCAAGACGUUUGUUCUUCCAGAUGGCAAAACUGGUGUUAUGUUCGUCGGGACGUUCUCUCCCAACGACUUUGACCAAUUCCAACUCGACACGGUCUCCAGCGUCAAUGCGUUGAAAAAAGCAGGUGUCACGCAGCUCAUCAUCGAUUUGACGGGCAAUGGAGGCGGCUUCGUGUGUCUCGGUCAGUUCCUGCACCAGUUUUUGGCAGGUUCCCAAAUUGGCUACCCGGGCUUCGAAUCGACGCAACGCGCUAAUCCGCUCGCGCAGAAGAUCGUCGCUGCGCAUGUGGCCCUUGGAAAUAACAGUAUCCAAGAACUCUUCUAUAAUCCUACUCAAUGGGCUUUCUUGAACGACACCAUUAUGCCUGUUACGUUUGACUACAACAACCCUUCGGCUCCGUUUGUGGUGAAUGGAAAGAGCGACCCUACGUCUCAGCGGUUCCACGAUACUUGCACCGAAUCGUUCUCGCAGGCUAUUCCGGAGACUCCGCCGUUCGAUCUCAGUUUGUUGAUACAUUGUGCCACAUACAGCAAAGUCGCCAUUGUGAGCAACGGGAACUGCGCUUCGACGUGUGCGAUGUUCAGCACGCUCAUGUUCGAGCGGCACAACACCAAGAUCGCCGUGUUUGGCGGUAAGCCGGGCGAGAAUGUCGAGUUCAAGGGUAUGGCUGGGAACCAGGUCCUCGAGUGGGCGGAUUUGGACACUGAGAUCAAGUCUGUCGGUUUGAAGGAUGAUCCGUUGGCUCCGCCUGACCUGCUUGUCAACUCCAACUUCCGUCAUAACUGGCGCACGGCUUGGAGUUUCCUUGAUGAGACCAGGCCGAUUGCUUAUGUAUCGGAGCUCCCGUUGUUGCGCUUCCCGUACACGAAGGACACGUACAAUAACCCGCAGAAUCUCUGGACAUUUGCGGCAACCAAGCUCUUCACGUAG